UUCGGGGCUCCGGGACUGUAGGGGACCCUUCCAGUCCCCAGAGCCGAGGCCAGCAGGAACAGAGACUAUGAGGCAAGCAGCCCACCGACCCAGACCUCCUUAAGACCAGCCCAACCGCCUAGCAAGCUGGCGAGCAGCAGCGGGGAGAGGAGCAGGAGAUAAAGGACCACGGCAGACCUUUGGGGAUCACCCCAGCAGCUCCUGUGGACCCUAGCCAGGCUGAGGGGUCGUGAUGGGUGGUCAGACUCACAGACGCUGACGGACACACCAUGACAGCGAUGCACCCAGCAGCACAGCACUGAGACACUCAGAUACAACCGGUGACAGCAUCACACACUGCCACAGCCCUGCAAUACAGACAGCCACACACACAGAAACAACUGGUAACUCUGAAACAGGCACACACAGUGACACACAGAACCACUACCCCCGGCACGCACAAGUGGGGGCACCCAUCCUCCAAACACACACACAGCAGCGCUGACCGACACCGGCAGACCUGGAGACACACGCACACCCUCACCCGGGCACUGCUGUCGGUGGCCUCCGCACAUCCUCCCCACCCCCACGGGGACACCCUUGCUCCUCCACACACUUGCGCGCACACACAGCCACGAACAAACACAGCUCGCAUACCCCCAGCUCAGCUCUGGCAGCCCCGACUCCUGCAGCCUCCUUUGUGGGUGAGGAAGAACUCAGUCAACCUUGGAUGGAGCUGCGGUGAAGCCAAGAGCUCAGAGAGGAAAGGGUCUGGCCUGGUGUGACCCUCACCAGCCCCUCCACCUGGCUGGGUGAUGUCCCCCUGCCCGGGUCCUGGGGACCCUUGGCAGAACCAUGGAGCAACUGACACCCCUCCCACGGCCGGGGGACCCCGGAAACAUGGAGCCAUGGGCACUGCCCGCCUGGCAGAGCUGGACUCCAGGCCAGGGGGGCGAACCUGGAGGUGCAUCCCCAAGCAUGGCCGAUACUCUGGCAGCUCUGCGUGUUGGAGAACCGAGGCCUGAGGAGAGCUCCGAGCCCGAGGGAGCCCGAAGCCCCGGGCCUGUGGGUGGCAUCCAGCCUGAAAGAACAGAAACUGGGCUGCCCAGCCCCGGGCCGGGAGCAUUGAGCUCUGGACCCAGCUGCCAGAGGCUGGAGGACAAGGAGGUGGAGGCUUUCUCUAAGGGCAAGCUGAAAAUGGGCUUUGGGGACAGGCCCAACCUGGAGCUGCUGAGGGCCGUGGGGGAGCUGCAGCAGCGCUGUGCCAUCCUUAAGGAGGAGAACCAGCUGCUGAGGAAGAGCAGCUUCCCCGAGACGGAGGAGAAGGUGAGGAGGCUGAAGCGGAAGAACGCAGAGCUGGCGGUCAUUGCCAAGCGCCUGGAGGAGAGAGCCCGGAAGCUGCAGGAGACUAACCUGCGGGUGGUGAGUGCUCCCAUGCCCAGUCCGGGGGCCAGCUUGGAGUUGUGCCGGAAGGCCCUGGCCCGCCAGCGAGCCCGGGACCUCAGUGAGACAGCCAGUGCCCUGCUGGCCAAGGACAAGCAGAUUGCUGCCUUGCAGCGGGAGUGCAGGGAGCUGCAGGCCAGGCUCACCCUGGCUGGCAAGGAGGGCCCCCAGUGGCUCCACGUGCGGGACUUCGACCGGCUGCUGCGGGAGUCCCAGCGGGAGGUGCUGCGGCUGCAGAGGCAGAUCGCCCUGCGCAACCAAAGGGAGCCGCCCCCGCCGCCUUGGCCCCCAGGCCGGGCCGCCCCGGCCAGAGCAGGGGCGCCCGCCCCCGGGGCCCCGGGAGAGGCCACGCCCCAGGAGGAUGUGGAAAACCCACCCGUGGUCCUAGGGGAGCCAGAGAAACAGCAGAGGGUGCAGCAGCUGGAAUCAGAGCUCAGCAAGAAGCGGAAGAAAUGCGAGAGCCUGGAGCAGGAAGCCCGGAAAAAGCAGAGGCGAUGUGAGGAGCUGGAACUGCAGCUGAGGGAAGCCCAGAGUGAGAAUGCCCGCCUCGUGGAGGAGAACUGUCGGCUCAGUGGGAGAGCCACGGAGAAGGAGCAGGUGGAAUGGGAAAAUGUGGAGCUGAGGGGCCAGCUCCUGGGAGUGACGCAGGAGAGGGACUCGGCCCUUCUCAAGAGCCGGGGCCUGCAGAGCAAGCUGGAGAGCCUGGAGCAGGUGCUGAAGCACAUGCGGGAGGUGGCCCAGCGGAGGCAGCAGCUGGAGGUGGAGCACGAACAGGCCCGGCUGAGCCUGCAGGAGAAGCAGGAGGAGGUCCGGAGGCUGCAGCAGGCCCAGGCAGAAGCCCAGAGGGAACACGAAGGGGCCGUGCAGCUGCUGGAGUCUACCCUGGAUUCCAUGCAGGUCCGGGUUCGAGAACUGGAGGAGCAGUGCCGCAGCCAGACUGAGCGCUUCAGCCUCCUGGCGCAGGAGCUCCAGGCCUUCCGCCUGCACCCGGGCCCCUUGGAUCUGCUCACCUCCGCCCUGGGCUACAGUACCCUUGGGGACCGCCCGCCUCCCCCCUGCUGCUGCUCUACCCCCCAGCCCUGCCGGGGGUCUGGCCCCAAAGACCUUGACCUCCCGCCAGGCUCCCCAGGGCGCUGCACCCCAAAGUCUUCCGAGCCUGCCCCUGCCACCCUUGCUGGGGGCCCUCGAAGGACGGCCAGGAAGGCAGAGUCUCUCUCCAACUCCUCUCGUUCCGAGUCCAUCCACAACAGCCCCAAGUCAUGCCCUACGCCCGAGGUGGACACAGCCAGCGAGGUGGAGGAGCUGGAGGCAGACAGCGUCUCCCUGCCCCCAGCAGCACCGGAUGGCAGCCGGGGGGGAUCCAGGAUCCAAGUCUUCCUCGCUCGCUACAGCUACAACCCCUUCGAGGGCCCCAAUGAGAACCCAGAGGCAGAGCUUCCGCUUACCGCUGGCGAGUAUAUCUACAUCUAUGGCAACAUGGACGAGGAUGGCUUCUUUGAAGGGGAGCUCAUGGAUGGCCGAAGGGGCCUGGUCCCUUCCAAUUUUGUAGAGCGUGUGUCCGACGACGACCUCCUGACCUCCCUGCCUCCAGAGCUGGCUGAUCUGUCCCACAGUUCAGGCCCUGAACUCAGUUUCCUGAGUGGAGGCGCGGGCGGCAGCAGUAGCGGGGGCCAGAGCAGCGGGGGACGCAGCCAGCCCAGAGCAGAGGAAGAGGCUGCAGGGGACGAGCUUAGUCUGAGCCCCUCGCCCGAGGGCCUGGGUGAGCCCCCGGCCGCGCCUUACCCCCGCUGUCUGGCUGUCCUCAAGCAGCUGGCCCACAGCGUGGUGCUGGCCUGGGAGCCGCCUCCUGAACGCGUGCAGCUGUGCGGCUACCACGUCUGUGUGAAUGGGGAGCUGCGGCAGGCCCUGGGGCCCGGGGCACCCCCCACGGCUGUGCUUGAGAAUCUGGACCUGCAGACCGGGCCCCUCCGUGUCUCUGUUCAGGCCCUGACCAGCUGGGGCGGCUCUGACCCUCUGCGCUGUUGCUUGGUGCUAGGGGCCCGGGCCGGGGUGGCACCUAGCCAGCUGCGGGUCCAUCGACUGACAGCCACGUCCGCUGAGAUCACCUGGGCGCCCGGCAACAGCAACUUGGCCCAUGCCAUCUACCUCAAUGGGGAAGAGUGCCCCUCUGCCUGCCCUAGCACCUACUGGGCCACCUUCUGCCACCUGCGACCUGGUACAGUCUAUCAGGCCCGAGUGGAGGCUCAGCUCCCGCCUCGAGGGUCCUGGGAACCAGGCUUGGAGAGGCCAGAGCAGCGGGCUGCCACCCUGCAGUUCACCACACUCCCAGCAGGCCCACCUGAUGCCCCCCUGGAUGUGCAGAUUGAGCCAGGGCCCUCCCCUGGAGUCUUGAUCAUCAGCUGGCUCCCAGUAACAAUUGAUGCUGCUGGCACCUCCAACGGCGUCCGGGUCACAGGCUAUGCCAUUUAUGCUGAUGGGCAGAAGAUCAUGGAGGUGGCCUCCCCUACGGCAGGCAGCGUGCUGGUGGAGUUGUCGCAGCUGCAGCUGCUGCAGGCGUGCCGCGCGGUGGCCGUGCGCACCAUGUCGCCCCACGGCGAGUCGGCUGACUCCAUCCCGGCUCCUGUCGCCCCCGCCCUGGCUGUGGCCUCCUCGCCAGCCAGGGUCUCCUGCCCCUCCCCACGACUGGGCUCGGAGGCCAGACCGCCCCUUGCUCCAGCCUCCCCGGGGCCUGGAGACCCCAGCUCUCCCCUCCGGUGCCCCAACCCCCGUGGAACUCGAGAGUCCCCCGGGGGCUCCCCAGCAAGCUCUCCCGGAGAGACACCAAAAGGAUCCUCAGAGGAGCCCCCAGUGCCUGGCUCUCAGGAGGAGGCUGGGCCAGCUGUGCUGGGGGCCCCAGGGGACAGCAAGGCCAGUGAGCCAGCCUUGGGAGAGCGAGUUCCUGGCCCUGCAGCUUCCUCCCUGGCCGAGGAGGAGGCUGAGUGGACCGCAGGAGAGGCCCGCCCGGCCCCUGGCUCCACCCAGGGAACACUGGCCCAGAGGCUGCCCUGUGCUGAGGUCUGCCGUGGAGGAGACACAGGGCCUGGGCUGAGGCCCAGGGCUGAGAGAGAGGACACGGCCGAGCUUGGGGUCCGUCUGGGGAACUCCCUUGUGGACCAUGGCCGCAACUCAGAUCUGUCAGACAUCCAAGAGGAGGAGGAGGAAGAGGAAGAGGAGCUGGGUGUCAGGACUUGCUCUUUCCAAAAGCAGGUCGCUGGCAACAGCCUCAGGGACGAUGGGGCCAAGCCCCAGCCCGACCCCUUCUGUGAGACUGACAGCGACGAGGAGAUCUUGGAGCAGAUCCUGGAGCUGCCUCUCCAGCAGUUCUGCAGCAAGAAGCUCUUUAGCAUCCCUGAGGAGGAGGAAGGAGAGGACGAGGAGGACGAGGAGGACGGGAAGAGGCCAGGGGUGGGCUCUUCUUCCCGAGACCCCGACCCACCUGAGCCUGCCUUCCUGGGGCUGGGCUGUGACAGCGGUCGGCCCCGAGGACCUGGCCUUUGUCCUUUGUCUCCCGAGCCCUCCAGGGCUGGGGACCGCCUGGAGGACAUGCCGGGACUAGUUGGCGGAAGCAGCUGGAGAAAAGGAAAUGGCUCCGCCGAGAAGCCCCCCAACCGCAGGCGGUCCCCAGAUCCCCGUGAACACUGCAGCCGACUUCUCAGCAACGGCGGGUCCCAGGCCUCUGGACGACCAGGCCCCGCCCGGGAGAGGGGCGGCCCCCCCGUGGGCGAGGGCACCAGGGCUGGACCAGAGGCUGGUGGGAGAGGGCGGCCGGCCCCUUCGAGGAGGUGCCCCCGUGGCCCAGCCCCAGAAUCAGGCCCGGCCAGCUGCCUCUCCCCCAAGUGCUUGGAAAUCAGCAUCGAAUACGAUUCUGAGGAUGAGCAAGAGACGGGCGGCGGGGGCAUCAGCGUCACCAGCUCCUGCUACCUCGGAGAUGGGGAGGCGUGGGGCGCAGCACCCACGGGAAGGCCCAGGGGGCCUCCGAAGGCCAAUUCAGGCCCCAACCCCUACCCACGCCUCCCGGCCUGGGAGAAAGGGGAGCCAGAGCGGAGAGGCCGCAGUGCAACUGGCAGAGCCAAGGAGCCACCCUCCCGGGCAACAGAGACUGGGGAGCCCAGAGGGCAGGACGGCUCUGGGCGGAGGGGCCCCCAGCGGAGAGGGGGCCGGGCCCCCAGGCCAGGCUCCGCGGAGCUGGCCCCUCCGAGGAGCCCUCCAGAAGAAGCACUGGCUUACCAGGACCUACCUGUCAGGGUCUUUGUGGCUCUGUUUGACUAUGACCCUGUGUCGAUGUCUCCCAACCCUGAUGCUGGGGAAGAGGAGCUCCCCUUCCAGGAGGGCCAGAUCCUGAAGGUGUUUGGGGACAAGGAUGCCGACGGCUUCUAUCGGGGUGAAGGCGGGGGCCGGACGGGCUACAUCCCCUGCAACAUGGUGUCCGAGGUGACUGCGGACAGCCCUGCAGGGACACAGCAGCUGCUCCAGCGGGGCUAUUUGUCCCCAGAUGUUCUCGUUGAGGGUUCAGGGAACGGUCCCUUUGUCUACUCCACAGCUCGCACAGCUGGGCCUCCCCCCAAGCCCCGCCGCUCCAAGAAAGCUGAGUCGGAAGGCCCUGCCCAGCCCUGUGCAGGCACCCCCAAGCCGGUCUCCUCUACUGGCCCGAAAGCUCCCCGCUCCAUGGUGGCUGCAUUUGACUACAACCCCCGGGAGAGCUCCCCCAACAUGGACGUGGAGGCAGAGCUGCCCUUCCGGGCAGGGGACGUCAUCACUGUGUUCGGGGGCAUGGACGAUGAUGGUUUCUACUAUGGGGAACUGAAUGGACAGCGGGGCCUGGUUCCAUCCAACUUCUUGGAGGGCCCUGGGCCUGAGGCAGGCGGCUCAGACAGGGAGCCCGGGACACCCCAGGCCGAGGGGCAGAGAACGAGGAGGAGAAGAGUCCAGUGCUAGAUGGAGAUAGAUAUAUGUAGAGAAAGCGACAUGUAAGUGGGGACUGACCCCCUAUGUCCAUGUCACCCUACUCCUCGUGUCACCAUAAUCAGACGGCUCUCCUUUGUCUCAGACACCGGAGCUGACCUGGCUUUUCCACCUUCUUCCAGGGAACGGGGAGGGACCUCUUGCCGUGAGCCAGAUUUGGGCCUAGGAUCAGGCCCUCCCCUUGCCUUACUCUGGGCAAUGCCAGCUGCCACAGGAAUACAUGUCAUCCUAGGAUAUAAUGUCCCAUAUUAGCUGAGUCCUCAUAUUCUAUAGCACAUGCAGCUUAUAGAAUAUUACGUGACAUUCAUAUGGCUCAUCAGUAUAUUAUGAUACUAUAUGACUAUGGUAUUAUAAUAUUGUGAUUAUUAUUGGUGACAGAAGAAUGACACUAACGCCACCAGUAAUAACAGUCUCCCCCACACAGUCUCCUCUGUAUCAUGACCUGUUAGGGAAUCAGAUGCAUGAUUCACUGUCAAACUCUCCGUUUUCUCCACUGGGGGGGCAUAAAAGGGGAGGCUUAAACAGUUGGAGUCCGUAGAUAACCCCAGACCGUUCAUCUCUGGGGCUCAGACACUCCCUCCAUUUGUUUCCCCAGCAACCCCUCCCUCCUGGGAGCCCUGGGAGCGGGUGGGAAGGGCCUACCCCCCUCCGCCCCACCCCAGCCAGCCAUCAGCCCUGGCUAGUUGGCAAGAGACUCUUUGACCUCUGGGUGCUAGCAGAGCUCUUUGUGGGCGGCCCUGCCACAUCACCAGGGUCUUAGGUGAGGGCGGGCCCCAGGCUGGGCACCCAGCACCUGCCAGCAGACUGCUAGGCUCUGGUGGAAGAGGGGGGCAGGGGAUGGAGAACACACAGGCUGGCGGGAGCUGACGGGGCUGUACCAGACACAGGAGCUCGCAGAGUGGAUGUGGGAAUUUGGCGGGUAGCGGGGAGGCUUGCUCGUGGCUCUCUUGUUUGCCCAGCCGCUGUUCUUAGGCCACUAACAGCACAGUCUGGGUGGGCCUGUGGCAGAGGGAGCCCUUCACGGUGGCAAAGAGAGCGAGGAGGAGAUUCUGCAAGGGAGACGUGCUAAAGGAAGGGCAGCAGCCUCCAGAGCUGUGGUGGGCGCUGAGCGCCGCCCGACCGUGAGGCCCCUCUGGCCCCGGGCUCCCUGCAGCCCUCUCAGGGGCCAUUCAAGGAAGAGUGUCCAUCUCCUCCCCAUGGGGUGGGCACUCCUCCACUCCCUGAAGGCCCUCGGACACCGCGUCUGCUGGCCUGUGCGGACCUGCUCCUUCCGUCUGUGCGCUGGUGCAGGAACCAUCGUUCCUGGAGUGUAUGGCUCCCCCCAGCGUCCCUGUCCCCGCUCUACCUUGGGUUGGGAGGGAAUGACGUGGGGGAUUUGGAGCACCCAACCCGAGGGUCAAGUCCAAGGACUCUUGAGCCCAGCAUCCUACAGAGAAACCCAGAGAAGGGGAGGGGCUUGCCCAGGUCCAAGUGAACAGAGCAGAAAUGAGACCCCACGUCUGUCCCUUCCGACUCCCAGCUUAGUGCUCCCUCAGCAUCAUCGCGCCCGUUUGCCUCUCUGUGCUCUGUGUGGAGCACUAGCCAGGCGGUGGGUUUUGGUUCGCGACUGUGGUUCUGUGACCUGGGGUCUGCAGGCCCCUGAGGUUGUGGCGGAACGGAGGUGGGUUGGGUUGGGGGUCAGGCCCUGACCUUGCCCCUUUUCUCUCCCAUUCUAGCACUGGGCCAGCUCAACACAAGGGCCCCCAGCGCCCCCAGGCUGGCCCUGUGCUCCUGGCCCUGGCCGCUUCACCGGGAUUGAAUGGGGGGUGCCACAGGGCCCGAGCAAGAAGGUGUGGGGUCUCCUCUCCAA